UAUUUAUGUGAUAAUUCAAGUGAUGGUAACUUUAAUACCCAAUUCAUUGAGAUGUCAGCCAUAGGUUCGGGUGGUUUUGGGACUGUAUUUAAAGUAAAGCAUAGAUUGGAUGACAAGAUAUAUGCCGUUAAAAGAGUACAAUUUGGAACUUUUAGUGAAGAAGAGAAACAAAAAGUGCUGAAAGAAGUGAAAAGUUUAGCAAAACUGGACUCAGAUUUUGUGGUCAAAUAUUACAACUCAUGGCUUGAGUCCAAUUAUCUCUUCAUUCAAAUGGAGUUUUGUUCACAAAAUCUUAAAUCUGUUCUCAAAGACAAACCCAUUGUCUUCGAGAGACAACCGGAAGACCACAUGAAUAGUGUGUUUGAAUAUUUUAUUUCAUGUGAAAUAUUCAGAGAAAUCCUAGAAUGUGUUCAAUACCUUCACGAAUCGGAUCCUAUUGUCAUUCAUAGGGAUCUUAAGCCCGAAAAUAUAUUAAUUUCAGUCAACAUUAGGUCUAAUCGUAUCGUAAAAUUAUGUGACUUUGGUUUGGCCACCGAUCACAACAUCAAUGGACUAACAGUUAGCCGAUACACGCACUCAGUUUGCGGUACAUUUGGAUAUAUGGCACCCGAAGUACUGACGGGAAAACCAUAUAAUCAUAAAUCAGACAUUUAUAGUCUGCACGCAAUCGGCGAAGAGUUGUUUGGUUUUGAUUUUCAGUCUUCCCAAGCAUUUGAAGCCAAAGAAUCGUUAUUCAAGACAUCCAUACACUGUAUGUAUGAAACAUUACAACAAAUGAUGGCAAUUGUUUGGCGCCAAAGGCCUGAGUGUCGGCAAGUGUUGGCCAAACAUAACGAGUGGUCUCUCUAUAAGACUACAACCCAAUAA